GGCACAUUCUCGGGCAUUUGAUAUAGUACAAUAGGUAACUACUCUUGUAGUAAUGCAACGCGUAUCUUCUCAGUGUAUACGUCAAAAUGGCAUCCUUUAGCAAAGCUGCGCGAAACGUGUUGCACAAAAGCCCGAACGAUGUUGUGUUACUUUCUACGGUCAGGUCGCCAAUCAAUCGUAGUUUCAAGGGCGGUUACAAAGAUGCUCACCCAGAAGACAUAUUGAUGCCGAUUAUGAGAGCUGCCGUACAACGAGCUGGCAUUGAAAAGAAUGAUGUGAACGAUGUCAUGAUUGGGAAUGUACUCGCUGAACUUGGUUUCGCAAAGACCGGGCGCAUGGCACUCAAUCAUGCUGGAUUUCCAAACUCGACGACUUUUCACACAGUCAAUCGUCAAUGUUCGAGCAGUCUGCAGGCCAUCACCCACAUUUCGCACUCGAUAAUGGUGGGCCAAAUUGACGUGGGGCUUGCUGGCGGUGUAGAGAGCAUGUCAAGGAACUACGCCUCGCGGGGCCUCCCGACCGAUGUUUCGCCCACACUACUAGGAUCAACCGUCAAAGAUGCUCGCGACUGUCUCAUGCCGAUGGGAAUCACGUCAGAGAAUGUGGCGGAAAGAUACAAGGUCGAUAGAAAGUCACAAGACGAGUAUGCGGUACGAAGUCAUAGUCGCGCAAGUCGCGCCCAAAAGGAAGGCCGCUUUGACUGGGAGAUAGCGCCAGUGACGGUUCAGAGGAUAGACGAAGCAAGCGGUCAGCCUGCAGGGCAUGAAGUAACCAAGGACGAUGGUAUUCGACAUGGCUUAACUUUUGAAAAAGUGUCGACGCUCAAGCCUGUGUUCGGCGAGAACGGCAAGAGUACUGCAGGCAACUCGUCUCAAAUAUCCGACGGCGCAUCCUCGACCAUACUCGCUCGGCGUUCAUGGGCUGAAGAGCGUGGUCUGAAGCCACUCGGCCGCUUUGUCGGUACACAAGUCAAAGGCUGCGCUCCCGAUGAGAUGGGCAUCAGCCCAAUAUACGCGAUACCUGCAUUACUGGAGUGGACAGGUAUCCAACUAAAGGACGUCGAUGUUAUCGAGCUGAACGAGGCGUUCGCCAGUCAAACCAUCGCUUGCAUUCGGGAGCUGGGUCUCGAUGAAGACAAGGUUAACCCGAAUGGAGGUGCGAUAGCUCUCGGACAUCCUACUGGGGCGACAGGUGCUCGGCAAACUGCUACACUGUUUGGCGAGCUGCGACGUCAAGACAAGGAGAUCGGCAUUGUCAGCAUGUGUGCGAGUACCGGGCUAGGCCUUGCUUCUUUGUUCGUUCGAGAGUCAUAG